CCCUCCCACUUCAGUCAGUCAGCCACGUGCGCCCACAGCCGCCUCCAACCGGCGGGAAGCACGCGCUGGAAUCUGCGGCUGACACUGAAACUUUCUCAGUCUGUCAGGAAGCACCGACCCGGUCCCAGCAGCGGUGGGGGGGUCGCAGGAGGAAGCAACCGGACACAGGAGGGACCCUGGCCGUCGGUGUGACGUUGCGGAGCCUCGACGAGGAUUACCGGGCUCUAAAGGCGGGCUGCUUUCUCCCGCUCUAAAAAUAGGCGUCUGUCUGUCGGUGCGCCGCCCGCUGCAGGUCCGCGCGCCUCCACUCACACACGGAGAGGUUGGAUUGUUGAAAGCUUCAGUCGGUGUCACCGGAUUCCUCGUUCCCCUCAAAACUGCAUUUUUCCUCUAACAAAGAGAGAGAAGCGUUCCCGGAGCUGCUCGGUGGAUUAACGGUCGGUUGUCGGUUGUGUGAUUUAUUGUUGAUCACGGAGGACGGAGCCGGACCCCGCCCGGACCCGCUGUAACGCUACCGGACCGGGAUUUCAUCUGCUUUUCCUGGGUUCAGCUUUGCGCACUGGCGGAUGGAACCGCGCACAUUUUACCGGAAUAUUCUGGGAGUGAGAUUGUUUUCCCCGUUAACUAGGCCCUACCGGGAGGAGUAGCUACCUGCUUUUUGGGAGCAGACCGGUUCCAGCCCCGAACGGAAGCCCGGAGAAGUGAAAGGUUAUCUGCACUCAAGGACACCCUCGGUUAGGGGGGGUGUAGUUUUCUUUGGACGCUCCAACCGGAGCUGCGCACGGAUCUCUACCGGGACUGCAGAUGGACGGUAACGGAAUUAAAGGUGUUUAGACUUUUUCUCUGCUGCAGCCGGUUUUGGAUUUGUCUCUGAGGGACUGCGCUCGAGCCACACAGCUAAUGCACACGGAUGGCACGAGCUCUGGCGUCCCGGUUACUACUUUAAAUACGUUACCGGAGUGAUCGGAGGCUAAUGGGAGUUUUUUCGGUAACCGUGUGACUCCCUGCGUCCACCCACCCGUCUCGUUGGAGGAUUUAUGUGUACGUGAGUGCUCGUCGUGGGUUUGCACGGUGAGACCACCGGCACCUGGAUUCCCGGUUCGCCCCCUUUUUUCUUCUGCUUGACUGCGCGCACGUCUGUUCCGGUAAUCCCACUUGUGCCGCUGCUGCUGUCCGGUCCCCCCCCCUUCCACACACACACACACACACACACACAUCCCGUUUAUUCAGCCCCAGAAAACUACCGAGAUAGCCUCUCUCUGUCUCUCUCUCUCUCUCUCUCUCUCUCUCUCCCCCUGUGUGGAUGGGAGAGGAGUCGCGCAGGAGAGGAGACCGGGAGUUCGGAGCCUGAUCGCCUUCUCGGGUCUGGUUGUGAUUUAACUCCCCCAUUAUCGGACGGGUCGGGAGAGGAAGAGGAAGAGGAAGAAGGGAUUCUGGGGGGAAAAGCAAGAGGAGGAGAGGUGGAGAUCGAUGAAGGUGUCAGUAAGGAUUGAUCUGGAAACCAGAUGACAGAAAGGUAGGAGGGUGCCCUUGUUAGCUUGUCAUUCUGUUGUAACCCUGAGGCCGGCGAUGUGACUGGAAUGUGAAUUCACCAUAAAAGGACUGACUCUACCUGAGGACUCCCUGCUUCUCCAAGAAACUCAGGGAAUCUUGGCAGACUUUGAUGGACAGCUGGCUGAGCCAAUGACAGACUUCAAGGACCUUUAACGUACGUCUGCAGGGUCAAACCUACGUGGGCGUGCGCACCACAAGUACGUGCACGUGAACCCGGAUGAGCGCCAGCACUGUUUCAUGCCCUGUGAGAAGAGGACGGCCCCCCUCCUCGUUAAAAAGGCUGUUGCAGAUUAAAUCCGGUCGUCACAUUGCAGCUGGACUUGGUCCUGAUUGGCUCUCGUUGAUAAAGAAAUACUGAAACCGUCUUAACCAGGAGAGUAGCCAUGGACGCUGUCUCCUCGCUGGUAUGCCCUGUCCUCCUCCCCCUCCUCUUCGUCCUCCUGUCCUCCCUCCCUGCCUGCUCCUCCUCCAUGCUGUGUCCGAAGAGGUGCACCUGCCAGAACCUGCUGCCGUCCUACACGGUGCUGUGUGCCAAGACGGGCCUCCUCUUCGUCCCGCCCAACAUCGACCGCCAAACGGCCGAGCUCAGGCUGAUGGACAACUUCAUCACGACGCUGCGGCACCGCGACUUCGCCAACAUGUCCAGCCUGAUCCACCUGACCCUGAGCAGGAACACCAUCAGUCAGAUCCGGCCGUACACCUUCGCCGACCUCCAGGAUCUCCACGCUCUCCACCUGGACGCCAACCGCCUCACCACGCUGGAUGACUCCCACUUCCAAGGCCUGGUGAACCUGAGGCACCUCAUCCUGGCCAACAACCAGCUGCACAGCAUAUCGGAAGGAGCCUUCCAGGACUUCCUGGAGACUCUGGAGGAUUUGGAUUUGAGCUACAACAACUUGGUGGACAUUCCCUGGGAGACCAUCGCUCUGUUGGUCAGCGUCAACACCCUCAGCCUCGACCACAACCUCAUAGAGAGUGUCCCCGAGGGAAUAUUCUCCAACCUGCACAAACUGGCCAGAUUGGACAUGACAUCCAACAAGCUGAAGAAGAUUCCUCCAGACCCGCUGUUCCUGCGGAUCCCGGUGUACGCUAAGAUGAAGGGUUCUCCUCUCACGGCGCUGGUGUUGAGUUUUGGCGGGAACCCUCUGCACUGUAACUGUGAGCUGGUCUGGCUUCGCCGACUCACCAGAGAGGACGACCUGGAGACCUGUGCUUCACCGAAAGACCUGGCUGGCAAAUACUUCUGGACCAUUAGAGAGGAGGAGUUUGUGUGCGAGCCACCGAUGAUAACUCGCCAUACCUCCAAGAUGUUUGUGAUGGAGGGUCAGGAGGUCAGCCUGCGCUGUAAGUCCGUCGGAGAUCCUGAGCCCUCAACGCACUGGGUCAGCCCCGAUGGAAAGCUGAUCGGCAACACGUCCAGAACCAUCUGCUACGAGAACGGUUCGCUGGACAUCCUCAAGGCCUCGGUCAAGGAUUCUGGAAAGUUCACGUGCAUAGCAUCUAAUGCAGCUGGGGAGGCCACCGCGCCCGUUGAGUUAGUAGUCAACGCUUCGCCACACUUUGACCCUAAACUGGACCCUGACCCGGGACCUUCGGACAUCCCUACAUCUAUCAAGUCCAACGUCAGCGGAGGUCAGGCCCGGUCCGACCAGCAGAGGGUCAGUGUGUCGGAUCUAACGUCCAGCUCGGCUACCAUCAGAUGGCCCCCGCAGAACCACAUACCGGGAGUCCGCAUGUACCAGAUCCAGUACAACAGCUCUACAGACGAUAUACUCAUAUACAGGAUGAUCCCAGCCAACCACAAGUACUUCCUGCUGAGCGACCUGGCGUCGUCGCGGGACUACGAGCUGUGUGUUUUGGCCGUCUACGAUGACGGCAUCACCGCCCUGACGGGCACCAAGCUGGUGGGCUGCGUGUCCUUCAGUACGGAGACAGAGUACGGACGCUGUCACUCUAUAAGAGAUCAGUUCCUGGGAGGCACCAUGAUCAUCAUCAUCGGGGGGAUCAUUGUGGCCUCCGUCCUCGUCUUCAUCUUCAUCCUCCUGAUGAAGUACAAGCUGCACAGUAACCACUACAAGCAGAAGGCCGCCGCUCGCCACGCCAACGUCUGCUCCCAGACCAACGGAGGAGGAGGAGGGGGAGCCAACGUCCUCGCUCUGCCUCCGUCCUCCUCCUCUGCAGGGCAGGGUGGAGGUGCAAAUAAAAACUCCCAACCGUCAUCGUCGACAGAGGGGAUGGGAGGAGCUUCUCUUCGAGGGACGACUGUAGUGGACUUAAAUCACACCCACGACGAUGACGCCAUCUCCCAAUAACACACAAGAAACUGUCAAUCAAACCCACAACCCACCAAUCUCGAAAGCCCAAACCAAUACUCCACUUCCCUCCCCCCCCUUUUUUUUGAUUUGUUGCUGGUGCCUGGAGCAAAACUCCACUUUACGCCGAGGAGCGGCUCCUGUCAUUGAUUUACGUACAUUCAGCUUCACGGCGCUGGAGGGGAGGAGAGGCGGGAGAGGUGCCCCAAUGCGUUGCAUGGUCCUUCCAGCGAGCCCCGAUGAUCAGGUAUUCGACCCAGAGAUGCCGCCCUAACCCCUCUUGACACCACCAGACCCAGACCGGAUGUGAAGGGCAGCCAGAGGAGGACAAACAGCAACCUGUUAGCGUGCAGGAGUCUCCACGCCGCUGGGAUCGGACAUGUUGGAUUACAGGUCAGGCUUCUGGGCAUUGAACCCUGCUCGCGUUCGGUGCUUAACUGGGAAACCUUGGAUCAGAGUUAACGCGGUCUGGAAUCUCUUCUUCUUUUCUGAAUAAAGUAUCCGAUGGUCGGACGGGAUUUUAACUUGGGAUCCACGCAGACACUAAAUGCUGCUCUGGGAAUAUACCGAACGGAUUACUCUGGAUUUUCCCGUUUUGUGACAUUUUUCCAGGAUGUUUUCACGACAGUCGGUGGCACCACUUCCUCUCUUUCCCCAGCAUACAGUCACAUGCCAAAGGAUUACUACAGUAUUAUGACAGCAUUAUAUUACAAAAUUGGGAGGAAUAUUCAGACUUCCAGAAGCACACCUCUCUCUAUUAUCUCUUAGCAGUCAGAGAGAAAAAACAUGUUGGGCCUUGGAUUGAAAAUACGAGCACAUUGUCAACGUCUUGUCUCAAAAGCAUCAAUAAUAACUAAACGGUGAACGUCUCUGGCACUUUAAUCGUAUGUUUUCAUCUCAUCUCUCUUCCCCUUCUGUCCCACUCUCUCUCUCUCUCUCUCUCUCUCUCUCUCUCUCUCUCUCUCUCUCUCUCUCUCUCAUUCUCAUGAACAACUGAAUAGUAUACUCUCCAGUAUUACCAAUCUAAACUCUUCUGGCUCUGAAUGACUUAGAUAAUGUUGAAAUAAUCAGUGUGUUUGCGUCCAUGGUGGAUUGGUUCUCUCUAUGUCGGAGUAUUACAAAAAAAGCGAAAAAAAAUAAAACUUGAUGUCCCGAGAACGGAGCCUUGAGGAACGCCAGCGAGGAUUUUAUUCAAAGCCAAACCUAAAAGCACAGAUGUCGGCUCUGCAUUUGAUGGUGAAAAUGGUGAAUUCUGUUAUGUUUGACACUGGGAAGCGGCCGCACCCCGUUACGAAACAAUGGUGAACUUGACCAUAAGUGUUCCUAUAACUAAAAGCUGGCGCUCGAGAUCGUUAAAUGUAUUACGCGGUUUUAAAAGAUGGCCAGCAGAACUUGCGCUGUCCCGUCCCCUCCCUCGCCCUCGCUCUCCCUCUCCUUUGCCGUUUGACAGUGUCUGUGUUUGUAUGUGACAUACACCUUACAGUCUUCGAUGGUUUGAUACCCAUGAUGAUUUACUUUGAAUAUAACGAAACAAACGACCACAAUAAGGAGAAAAAAACACAACAACAAAAUGCGAAAUGGGGAUUUUAUGCUUUCAUAGAUACAAUUAUGUGGAUUUAUAAUGAAAUAAAAAGGUAUUUUUCUUGGAAAAA